CGAUUUGGGGGCGUUUUAGUGAACUUCAGUUAUGUUGGGCAUUUUAGCCAGGACGAUGGUAAAGGCUGGCAUGGUGAAACCUUCCGGCCUGGUAAAGCCAGUGUCCGUAACACGGGUUACUGGCCGCUACCUGACCCAUCAGGAGGGUCUGCCAAAGCUUCCAGUGCCACCUCUCAAACAAACAUGUGACCGAUAUCUGGCUGCCCUGGACCCCAUCGUGGACCCAGAGGAGCUAAAUCACACCCGAAAGCUGCUGGAGGACUUUCAGAAACCUGGCGGUGUGGGAGAGAGACUUCAGAAGGGCCUGGAGAGUCGGGCAGCGAAGUUGAACAAUUGGCUCUCUGACUGGUGGUUACAAACAGCCUAUCUUGACUACCGGAUGCCUGUUGUUGUCCAUUCCAGUCCUGGGGUCGUCCUUCCCCGCAUGGAGUUCAGUGACCGCCAAGGCCAGAUGAGAUAUGCUGCUAAAUUGAUUGCAGGGGUUUUAGAUUUCAAGAGCAUGAUUGACAAUGAAACAUUGCCGUUGGAGUAUCUGGGUGGAAAGCCACUCUGCAUGCACCAAUACUAUCAGGUGCUCUCGUCCUGCCGCAUCCCUGGAACAAAGAGGGACACUGUGGUCAACUACGCCAUGGACAAAAGACCCUCCACACACAUCACUGUGGUGCAUAACUUCCAGUUCUUUGUGCUGGAUGUGUACAACAGUGACGGCACACCACUGACUGUAGACCAGAUCUAUAUACAGCUAGAGAAGAUCUGGAACUCCUCCUUACAGACCAACAAAGAGCCAAUUGGCAUCCUCACCUCCAACCACCGCAACAGCUGGGGCAAAGCUUACAACAACCUCAUUAAGGAUAAAACCAAUAAGGAGUCCGUGAGAGCCAUCCAGAAGAGUAUUUUCACAGUCUGCCUGGACGCCCCGAUGCCACGUGCUUCUGAUGACAUGUACCGGACGCGAGCGGGAGUUCAGAUGCUGCAUGGAGGAGGCAGCCGGUGGAACAGCGGAAAUCGCUGGUUCGACAAAACACUUCAGUUUAUUAUAGGAGAGGACGGGACAUGUGGGCUGAUCUAUGAACACGCUCCUGCUGAGGGCCCUCCUAUUGUGUCAAUACUUGACCAUGUGGUGGAAUACAUGAAGAAAUCAGAGAUGGUUCGCACCCCAAUGGUCCCACUGCGUAUGCCUCAGAAGCUUCGUUUCAACAUCACACCAGAAAUCAAAAAAGACAUUGAAGACGCCAAACAAAACAUGAACAUCAUGGUUCAUGACCUGGACCUGAGAGUCAAUGUGUUCACCCAUUUUGGUAAAAAUUUCCCAAAGUCUCAGAAGAUGAGCCCUGAUGCCUUUAUUCAGAUGGCUCUUCAGUUGGCGUACUAUAGGAUUUACAAGCGCUGUUGUCCCACCUAUGAAAGCGCUUCACUUCGCAUGUUCAGACUGGGCCGAACAGAUACGAUACGCUCGGCAUCCAGCGACUCCGCCAGCUUUGUCAAAGCUAUGGACGAUCCUGUCAAACAUAACACAGAGAAAGUGGCUCUGCUGGACAAAGCCGUUAAAGCACACAGAUCUUACACAGAUAUGGCCAUUCGAGGUCAGGCCAUCGACAGACAUUUACUGGGACUGAAACUACAGGCUAUUGAAGAUCUGGCUGCCCUGCCGGAGAUAUUCAUGGAUACCUCAUAUGCUGUGGCACUUCACUAUAAUCUCUCUACCAGCCAGGUGCCAGCUAAAACUGACUGUGUGAUGUGCUUUGGGCCGGUGGUGCCUGAUGGUUAUGGCGUAUGCUACAAUCCCAUGGAUACCCACAUUAACUUUGCAGUAUCUGCGUUCAACAGCUGCCAGGACACAAAUGCUGUCCGUCUGGCUCAGGGUCUGGAGGACGCUCUGCUGGACAUGAGGACCCUGCUGGAGCAAACACCCAGAGCCAAGCUUUAAAGACUGCCACAAUCACCAGUUCAGUUUACAAAAACACUUAAAAGAACAGGCAUUUUACAAAGAGAGUUUUACAAUUCAGCAGUCUGCAUCAGAGUCACCUGGACUGCUUUUGUUGACAAGCUUCUACACUAAAUGUUUAUCUUUUACUUUUUAUGUUAAUGUACUCCAAGAUUAACAUAUAAAAAUUAAUUUAUAAUUUGAUUUGUUUUUCAUUAUUGACAAUGUACCCAAAAAUAUGCAUUAUGGUGAACCCGUUGUUGAAAAUGCUCAUGUGAAUGUAGAUGUAAAUUAGAUAUUAAAUGUAAUUAAAUAUAUAAAAAUGCCAUAAUGUAAAUAGUGACAUUUAUAACCAUUUUCUUUGUACAUUGUUGUAAAUUUCCACAUGCUUUUAAUAAAUAUUAAUACUUUAAUAAUGGGGUCAAAA